CUUUCUUUCACUUUUUUUUUUUUCUUUUACCCUUUAUAGAAACGGAAACUCCAGUUAAGCCCAGAGCAAUGUAGCAACUUUUAUGCAGACCAAUACGGAAAAGUGUUUUUUCCUAAUUUAACAGCCUAUAUGAGUUCCGGGCCUUUAGUUGCUAUGGUUCUUGCCAGACAUUGUGCAGUCUCAUACUGGAAGGAAUUGCUUGGACCAUCGAACAGUGUAAGAGCUAGGAGAACUCACCCUCACAGCUUAAGAGCAAUCUAUGGGACUGAUGACCUGAGGAAUGCGCUCCACGGCAGCCUCAAUGUUUCCUCAGCAGAAAGAGAAAUUCGAUUCAUGUUUCCAGAAGUGAUCUUGGAGCCAAUUCCAGCUGGACAAAGAGCCAGGGAUUACUUGAACCUUUAUGUAAAGCCUACAUUACUAGCUGGGCUCACUGCACUGUGUAAAGAGAAACCAGCAGAUCCAAUGACUUGGCUUGCUGACUGGCUGAUUGAACACAAUCCUAAUAAACCUAGGCUACAGCAUCAGAUCACUGAAGAAGAAUAUCAGGGAUGAGAGCUCAGUGGAAACCAUCUCAAGCAUUCCGAGUUACAAAUAAUACAUUAUCAUUUUCACUGUAUCCUUUGGCUAUGUAAUCAAUUUUAUCUGAAGUUAAUGUUCUUGUCAUAA